AUGUAUAACCCGCUCUUGAAAGCCGAGAUAUCGGCCAAUAUCUACACUGGACAUGGAGGACUCUAUAGGCGGCCGUUCAUGCGUUUCGCGUCUCCUUCAAUCAAGUCAAGAUCUUUUCGCGCGUUUGAAGUCUCCCAAAGCCGGCCAGUCGAGCCAUUAUUCUACAGCAUCUCCAGCAUAUCUCUCCAGUUUCCCAAUAUCCCCUUCGACCUUUUUCGAUCAAGUCCCGCUAGAAAAUUCAUGGCGCUGACCACAAAUCCCAAAAUUCUCAGCCCAUCACAUAUCGACAGUGUCUUCUGUGAUCUCAAGCCAAUCCUACCUGAGAAAUUGAUUGGAGAAUGGGACGGUUUUGUCUUGGGCACGCGGCAUCCGUUUGAAACUGAGCUCGAGAAAUUCAACUGGUUCGGGCAUACCUUCGAUUCAACUAAGGACGUGGCUCCUCUUUUCGUUUUCAGAAAUGGAAGGCACGUUCCGUAUGAAGACUGGGGACGUGCUUCGGUGAGUUUUCUUGGGGGUUCUAUUCAAGAAAACUGCAUGUUUGAAGCAUGGCUAAUGUACUCGGCCACGCAGUUACACGAGAUCAAAUAUCAGGGCACCGUCUCUGCUGCACUGAUCUAUGAUGACCAUCCUGUGAUAGUGUACUAUCGAGCUGUGCGACCAGACAUAGUGGCCGGUAUCAUGGAAAGCAAGAAGUUCGGCCGAUCUGGGAAGUUUUAUUUCUACCUAAAACGUAAAUAG